GGCUUCUCUGUCCUGCUGCCACAUCGGAAAACCGCGCACGCCUCACUCUCUUCUUCAUAACACAGUCCUAAGAGAAUACGGAGGAUCCAAAGGAAAAUCCUAUCAAUAUAAUGUAGCAGUAGCUUUCAAAGUAACUUGAGCCUUAAAUGGGAGCUAUUCAGAAAGCUGUUUUUUACCAAAGUUGGUUUGAAAGCUGCAGCUGCGACUUCCAAUGAGAACACUAUUCGCUUCAAAUUCUAUCAGUCAUAUGUAGUUUAACCACUUCGUUGGUGGUUUAGUAAAAUAUACAGUCUUUUAAACAAUAACACAAUAUCGUUAAGCACGAACUGGUAACGGUUUAUAUUGUAAACAACAAAACCCGGAAGUAGUACGAAAAUAAUAAACAUCAAAGAACCACCAGACCGGAGUGCAUAUCCGGAACGUUGAUUGGCCGCAGUUGGCGCUGCGUUGCAAUGAAGCCCCUUCAAAAUGCCAUGAAAAUGGCUAAAGUGGCUAUACAACUGGACGCGGGGAACCGAGAAAAGGAAGCUUACUGUGAAUACUUGAGGAGUAUCAAUUUCAUCUCCCACGCACUUCUGGAGGAUGCUGAAUCAAGGAAGGAGGAGGAGAUGGUAGCAGUAGAGGUGGAAAAGAUGUUGAGGCUAGCUGAGCAGUGUUUGGAGAGAGUCAAGUCCUUCAUAGGAAAGAGAGAUGAAACCCCUCCCUCUUCCACCACCACACCAACCAACUCAGCAGCACUCAGCCUGACCACAGCCGUAGCCCCAUCUGUUGCAGUAAACCCUGGAAAGAUUGUUUUGCCACAACCACAAGAGAAGAUUAUUGACUCGGGACCUAAAUAUAACCCCAGGCCUGGACACCGCAGAGUUCUCUCUGAGGGUGGAGGGGUGGUCUCCCUCUUCCUGCCCCCAGAAGUCUUCCAGAGGUUGCAGACAGUGGAGUCACAGGACACCAGGAAGGAGCUUACACCCAUAGAGGAGGCAUCACGGUUGAACCAGAAGUUGAAAGCAAAUUGUGAAGCUCGUCUGGCCCGACUGCCCCCUGCUCAGGCCCGGACACAGAAGACUUCUCUGACUCUCUCUCUUCAGAGGCAGAUGAUGGAGAACCUGAUUAUUGCCAAGGCCAGGCAAGAUGCUCUCCAAAGGAAGAUGGAGGAAAGGAGACUGAGGCUGCAGGAGGAGGCCAACAGGAGGUUUGCUGCGUCUGGAACAAUUAAUGGAGAAGAACAGGAACAACGUGUUCUGUACACAAAUAUUUUGGAAUAUGAACAAGAUCAUGACUGGCCCAAGCUUUGGAAAGCGAAACUCAAGAAAAAUCCUGAUGAUGCAACCUUGGUCACCGGCCUUGUUUCAUGUCUUCUCAGCUGUCCAGACCACCCUGUGAUUAAGCUACUGAAAAGGCUCCAGUACAGAGUUUACAACAGGCUUUAUCCAAUCGUGAGCAAGAGUCUACCUGCAAGUCCUGCCCUGCCCAUGAAACCCUCCCGCAGCACUCAGAGCUUGUUGAUCUCAGACUCUCAUCAGAACGUUUCAAAAUCUGGCACAGGUCACAGUCUGUCCUCCGAUGCCUCUCUCAAUAUCUCCUCCUCCCAUGACCACAAUGCCAACGAGGCAGAGUUGGAUAGUGAUGUUCCCCAUACUCUGGACAGGGAGAAUUUGUUUGAGGAUAUGGAGCAGUUCCUGACACAGAUGGACCGGGACCCCUCUCAUUGGGACCCUGACAUGAUCUUUGAACCAUCACAGGUAGAUCAGGAGUUCCUCGUUCAGGACUUGGAGAUGCAUGCUCUCAAAAAGCACCUGAAGGCUAUAGUGAAGGACAUCCAUAUUGCCAUUGAUCAACUGCUGUCUCUGUGUCUGCUCUCAUUUGAGUGUCUGAACACAGCCAAUUCUAAGGACCUGUGUGUGGCCAGCAUAGAGGAAGCCUUCUUCACUCCCAUCUGGAGCCCUCUGUUGACCCUCUUCAGGAAGGUCCACAGAGAGCGGGAGCUGUCGUUUGAGUCCAGUAUGAGGCUGUAUCAGGACGCCUCACCGGGUGACGUUGGUGUCGCAUCAAAACUGUACCCCCAAGACCAUGUUGUGCUGCAUGGUUCCUACCCCUAUGAAUCAGCAGUGCAGGAGCUUCGCUUGCUGUGCAGAGAUUGCUGUCCCCAGAAAAAGCUGGAGUGCAUUGUUCGGACAUUGCGUCUGAUCUGUGCUUGUGCUGAGGACUACUGCUGCCUUCAUGAGGCGGAUUCCAAAACAGCAACCAUUGGGGCAGAUGACUUGUUGCCCAUCCUCUCCUAUGUGGCUCUGCACUGUGAGCUGCCUCAGCUGGUGUCGGAGUGUGCGGCCCUGGAGGAGUUCAUUCAUGAAGGGUAUCUGAUUGGAGAGGAGGGCUACUGCUUGACCUCUAUGCAAAGUGCUCUGCAAUAUGUGGAGUCAUUGCACACAGGAGGUUUUCAGUUGCACAACACUAAAUCGGCCUGAUACAGGGUGCUGCUUUGAAAUGGAAACCUGUGUUUCCCCUUGUUGCAGUGCUCUGGACUGGCAGUGCCUGUUAGCUGCAGACUGGACCACCAUUCAACUUAAUUCAGAUAUUCUGCGCAAGAAAGGAUCCUAUACUUCGGCUUUCAAAUAAAUUUUCUUUUUUUAAAGUGAUCCUAUUGAACUGUAGUUUCUAUGCAACAAUGGUUCUGAUGGGCUGGACAUGAUUUCCAAGUUCUGUCUGUGUUCAGCCAAGUGAUGUGACAUGGCCUGUUGACUGUUACUUGGACUAGCUGCAAUGUGAUAUGGUCUGGAUGGACUACAGCGUCUGUGGUUAUGAGUUGCCUUAUUUGAGGGGCAUUUAGGUCAAGUGCUUGAAGCUUUGUCAUAAGUCACUGAAGUCUGGAAAAUAUUUUAUUGCUAUUGUCCAAUAUUGCUAAUUUUUAUUGCUUUCAUUUAUGAACUGACCCUGUCAUUUAAUUCAGUUCAUGUCUGAAAAAGCACUAUUUACCACCAUAGAGCAAAAUGUGUGUAUUUUUUAAACUCUAAAAAAGCAUGGAUUGAUAAAUGAUUGUGUAGAUGCUUACAGUAUAUUAUGAUGAAUUAUUCUUAUUUCAGGAGAGGAGGUAGAAAUUAAGACCCGUAUGCCUUUAGAUGUAUUUAGAUUAUAGUUUCAUUUUAAUCCUUGCAUUCAGGAGAUGUUUUAGGAUCAUUCUAAAGAAAAUAACUAGGUUGGUAUUUAUUGUGCUACCUGGGAAUGUGUGUGUGUGCAAUAAUAUGUGGGAUCAAUUCCUCUGUGUAAAAGUACAUGCAAAAUUGAGAUAUGGGGCCCCCAUGUGACCAUGAUUAAAACUAAUUUACUUUUGAAAUUAUUUGGUAAUAACUUGUUGGCAGAUAUUUCGAAGUAAUCUUUUGUAUUUUGUGCACUUGGGUGGAUGGUGUAAUAGAGGGGAUUCACAAGGGGGGGUGGUGGGUGUUAUUAGCUCUUUAGGAGCAUCUUAGAACAGAAAUUGGUAAUACUUACAUUUUAAUUUAAUCAUAACUUUUGCACUUUAGGUUUGUCCCACUUCUGAAAUCCCCCUCACAAAAUCAUUGUAAUAGUGUGCGAGCAAGCAGAUAACAUGUUAAGAUAUGAAAGGCAUUUUGACAUGUUUUCACAACAAUAGUGUUUAAUACUUACAGAAUUUAACAUGAAUUUAUCAUGAACUGGUGUUAUUACAGUAUAAAGUUGAGGCAUGUUAAUUAAAGAGUUUUAUCCAAUUUUAUUUGUCACAUGUGCCGACUACAACAGGUGGAUCUUACCGUGAAAUGCUUACUUAAAAGCCCGUACUGAAUCAAUGUACAGGGUAGUCAAGGUAAUUUGUACACAGAGGUAGGGGUAAAGUGACUACACAUGGAUGAUAAACAUCGAGUAGCAGCAGUGUAAAAACAGGGGGUGAUCAAUGUAAAUAGUCUGGGUGGCCGUUUGAUUAAUUGUUCAGCAGUCUUAUGGCUUGGGGGUAGAAGCUGUUACGGAGCCUUUUAGACCUAGACUUGGCACUCCAGUACCGUUUGCCGUGCAGUAGCAGAGGGAACUGGCUAUUACUUGGGUGACUGGCGUCUUUGACGAUUUUUUUGGGGGCCUUCCUCUGACACCGCCUAGUAUAUAGGGCCUGGAUGGCAGGACGCUUAGCCCCAGUGAUGUUACAUUCCCCAGUUUCUGUGUUUUGGGUUUCUUGUAUGUGUGUAUUUCAGGAAAUGGCUUCCUGAAGUCCAAAGCAGCUGAUUGGUCGGCCCCAUUUCAGAUUGGAGCUCUGACCCCGCCCUCUCGUCAGGAGAUACAGCUGUCGGCCAUUACAAACUCCUUCCCCAGCUGGAUAAAAGCCAGUGUUCCUUUGUUAGGAGAGAGAGCUUCUUGGUAUGUCUUGUGUUUUGUUGUUGGUCUGUAUAAUUGUUGUGAAGUAUUUUGUAGCUGGUCCUGCAGACGUAUGUGCAUAUCAAAAGGACUUUUGAUUAUUGAAAUUGUUCACUUUACGUUAGUAAUUAUUCUAUUUUUGUUCUCAGGGGGAAAGGGAAGGCACCUUGGGAAUACAUAUUCCCGUAGUAUUUACUAUGUCUAUGCACUCUAGGUAAGACCUGGGCGGACCGUCCCCUGUAUUGGCGUGCUAAGAUAGGUAGGAGAGGGGGCUCUUUAACUUUUUUUACUUUCUUUGCUUUGGUUCUGUCCAGCCCCUUUUCCCCCAAAUUACAGUGUGAAGGAAAUACAUUCCAUGUUAACGGUAAAA